AUGUCAGCACCUAGUCGGUAUCAACUAAAUUCAACUCUAAACGACAUUGUUUCUCUCCUGAUGGUAGAAGAGUGGAAUGCAAAUGCCUCGUUCUCGUCUUAUUAUAAACAGUGUACUCCUCAAGAAUGUACAUAUACAUAUUUCGGUCAUAAUAACGUCGUUUAUAUUGUGUCAACGAUCACUGGAUUAAUUGGUGGUCUGACAAAAGUGUUACAAAUUAUUAUUCCACCAAUAGUUGAAUUUGUGAGGAAAAAAAAGCGACCUAAAGAAGAAGUUGCAGAAAUGAGUUCACCAAAAAGUACCAAAUCAUCCCACACAACAAAAGCAAAAAUUGGUCGACAUGAUCUUGAACAAUAUUAUGAUGAUUUUAAGGAGUAUAAUGUUGGUGAUCUCAAAGUUCCACAAGCUGUUAUAACCCGAUGGAACUCACAAUUUAAUACUGUAUCACAAAUUCUUGAUAUACCAAGUGUAUUACUCAGUGAUAUUUUAACGGAUCAAAAAAAAGGUGAAUUGAUAUUAUCGAUAAAAGAUUUACAUGUUUUACGUGAAUUUAUAUCAGCCUUCACUUUAUUUGCCGAAGCUACCACGAAAACACAAGCUGAACGAUGUGUUUCUAUAUCACUAGUAGCACCAAGUAUACUUAGUAUUUAUUUUGAUCUUGAAAAUGAAUUGAAAGUAUGCGAGUAUUCAAGUUCGUUGUGCAAGAUGCUUAUAUACUCAUUAAAACAACGAUUUGGUGGUCUUUUAUUAAGUCUUGAAAUACCUGUCAACGGCUCGAUAAAGCGUCGAAACACAUUUAGUCUAUUCUCUGAUGAUAUUUUUCUCAUUUCGAGUUUCUUGGAUGGGCAAUUCCGACUUCGUUGGAUUUUACAAUCUCUUUUACCUGAAGAAGCUAAGAAUCGUUUGGGCGAGAAGAUAAAACGACUUGUUGUUCAAGCAGCCGUUCAAGUUUGUCACUCCACCAACAACAAUCAAAGUGUUGAUGAUGCACAAGGUAAUAAGUUCAGCAAUGUUUCUCAGAAGGCCCAGCAAUAUGUGAAAACGUUUAAUAUAAUAAAAUCACAUCCACCUCCAAUCGAUCCUCACGACAUGGGAAAUCAGUUAAUAUCAACUCGUUUAUUUGUGGUUUGUCUGUUAGCAGCAUUAUUUAUACUCACUGUUUACACGGCAUUGAUUGAUGUUACAAUAACACAUACGGUCGCUUCGCCAUCAUUGGAGCAAUACGAGAAACUGUACGAAAACUAUCCCUUAACACUCUCGUGUCCAUGUAAGACAAUAUCAUGUGCUCCUCAAGCAUGUACAUAUACAUAUUCCGGUCAUAAUAACGUCGUUUAUAUUGUGACAACGAUCACUGGAUUAAUCGGCGGUCUGACAAAAGUGUUACAAAUUAUUAUUCCACCAAUAGUUGAAUUUGUGAGGAAAAAAAAGCGACCUAAAGAAGAAGUUGCAGGAUCAACACCAGUUCAAUCGAAAUCUCGUAUCUACUAUGAAAAAGUCAAACAUACGAUAAAAACAGUGAAUAUGUUUGCUCCGAAAUUAACGACUGAUGAUGGUGAAUUGAAGGUUGAAGUAACAGCCACACAGUUAACAAUCGUUCUUUUGAUUGUUUCACUAUUCGUACUUGUGCUUUAUACGGCAAGGCUGAACUUUACUACAACGAUACACGUGAACAAACCUACUCUAUCAGUAUACAACGAUCUCUAUCCAAGAUACAAGACUGCACUCAUUUGUCCAUGUUCUAACGUUGCCAUCUCCUAUAGAAAUUUCAUUAAAAUGAAACCAAGCCAACAUCAAGUCUGUCAAAGCAAUUUUGUGAUGAAAUCAUGGAUAAUGUAU